ACUCUCUUUCUACAACAAACAUGGCCGCUAAAUCGGAUGGAGCAGCCCUGUGUGUGAGCGAGAACGAAAGCGCUUCGCGUUGUCUGGUUGCCCCGGAGCAGAGCCCGGCACCUCUGCAGCCUUGCGCCGACAAGCGCUUCACGCUGCUGGACUGCUGCUGGGUGCUGUGCGCCCUCCUGGUCUUCUUCUCCGACGGAGCCACCGACCUGUGGCUAGCAGCGGACUACUAUUUGAGGCGGGACUAUUGGUGGUUCGGGCUUACGUUAGUAUUCGUGGUGGUUCCCUCAGCGGUGGUUCAGGUGUUGAGUUUCAGGUGGUUCGUCUAUGAUUACUCGGAGCUGAGCGCGUCCCCGGGCGGGGAUGGAUGCAGUUUCAGCACCAAGGGCAGCGACCAGCGGAGCUGCGGCGGCGCGGCAGGAGCGCGAACGGUGCCUGCGAAUGGCACGCAGAAAUGCUGCAGAGUGUGCAUGUGGAUCUUCCAGUCCAUAAUUCACAUCUUGCAGAUCGGCCAGGUCUGGAGGUACAUCCAUACCUUGUACCUGGGAGUGCAGAACCGUUGGCAUGGCGAACUGGGUCAAUGUCAUUUCUACUGGCGUCUGAUGUUCGAGAGUGCUGACAUCAACAUGCUGCGGUUGCUGGAGGCGUUUCUGAAGAGCGCACCUCAACUCGUGCUGCAGCUCAGCAUCAUGAUCCACAGCAACCACAUACUGCCCCUGCAGGGUCUCUCUGCAUCUGCAUCAUUGGUUUCUCUUGCCUGGAUGAUUGCCUCCUAUCAGAAAGUUCUGCGAGACUCCCGUGACGAUAAGCUCCCCAUGUCCUACAAGGCUGUGAUUGUCCAGAUGCUCUGGCACCUCUUCACCAUCGGUGCUCGAACCAUCGCCUUCGCCCUCUUUGCUUCAGUCUUCCAGCUCUACUUCGGGAUCUUCAUCGUGGCUCACUGGUGUGCCAUGACCUUCUGGAUCAUCCAGGGCGAGACCGAUUUCUGCAUGUCCAAGUGGGAGGAGAUCAUCUACAACAUGGUGGUGGGUAUCAUCUACAUCUUUUGCUGGUUCAAUGUCAAGGAAGGACGUGCCCGCUUUCGGCUGGGCGUAUACUACUGCGUGACCUUGAUUGAGAACGUCGGACUCACCGCAGCAUGGUACAUCCACAGAGGACCGCACACCUCGGACUUCUAUGCCUUGAUUAUCUUGUGCGUGGUGGUGUGUAGCUAUGCACUGGGUACAUUCUUUAUGUUUGUGUAUUAUUGUUUGCUCCACCCAGACGGGCCCAUCCUGGGCACUCAGUGGAGCUGUGUAGAGGAGGAAAUGGGGGUUAUCGGGCUAGGGGGCAUUGGGGAUUUGGGUACACCCCUGCCCCAACCAGAUGUGGUCACCAGUCCUCCCAGAACCCUCCAGAGGACUACAGGUGGGGAUCGGGAAAUUGGGUCAGGAGAUAGAGACAGCUGCUUACCUGUAUUUCAGGUGAGGCCUACUAGUGUGGCCCCAGCUCCCUCCUCUCGUCCCGCAAGGACUGAGGGUCCCGUUAUUCGCAUCGACCUGCCAAGAAAAAGGUACCCGGCCUGGGAUGCCCACUUUAUUGACCGUAGGCUGAGGAAGACCAUCCUGUUGCUGGAGAAUACGUCUCCUGUGACGCCUCGCAUCCAGUACCACAGUUUCAGCAACCCCAAAGAAGUGAUGGAGUACGAGACUACAGUGUAAUGUUGCUCAUACCUCCCACCACCAGGGGCUCCACCUUCCAAGUGACGUCUCUAUGCAGAGAAGAUGCCAAGAUGGGACUUUCCGAUCUUUAAUGGUCGGCAUGGUGCUACACAGUGGGACCUCUGCACGUUUGGCAUCAGGAAACAUCUGUUGCCUGGGAAUGAUUGACUGGUCUGAGAGGUACUCUAAGCAGGCAGGAACAUGAAUGUGCCAUUUAAACUUCAAAUUAAUUGACCUAUAUGGGAAGUGAUGCAAGGGACAUACCUUUCUACCGAACAUAAAUAGAGAGAAUUUAAAUGACAAUGAUGCUUGUGAUGAGCAACAAGAGGAAGUGGGCAUAUGUAAAAUAUCAAUGGACUGACCAGUCAGUAUUCGCUCAGGUCCAGCCUGACUGCUGUAUUGGUCUAAAUCUCUUUAAUGUUUCAGUGACCUGAAAUAAGUACAAAUUGUGUAUUAUAUGCUUCUGUGAAUGGUGAGGUUAGCAAGUUCAAUCAGUCAUCUGUUUCCUCAAAAGAGUUCUUCUGUAAUUUUUGACUUAUUUAUUAAUUAGAUUUAUUUUUAUGACUCUGUGGCCAUGUCUUUGAUAUAACUCUUCUAAUUGAACAUUCAUAUAUAGAUAUUAUCUUUUGUUAUAUAUAAUAGAACGGAUGCCAGUGUGUCGGUUUGAAUGUUAAUGAGUUGUCUGUAUGUCUGACUGUUCUUGGAUCAUGCUGCAUUGUUUAGCUGUAAAGAUAAAUGAAAAAAAAAGAGUCAUAUAAUAAGACAAAAAGCUGUGAUCAAACACUAGAGUUGGAAAAAAAAUUAUGUUGUAAAAACUAU